AUGUCCUCGGGUGUGCGGGCUAUUUAUAGCAGCUGGCUCAUGGUGCUCGCCAUUCCUCUGGCGCUGGUUGCCCUGUACGACCAGCGUAGCUCACAGAACCGCAAGCUCCAUUUUCACUGCAGACAAUUGCAAGCACCAAAAGUGGGAAUCACUGCUGGUAGAAAGUGCAGGUUUUAUGGGUUUCCCCUUUGCCAUUUUGAUCUAGAUGACAUCAUAAAACGCCACAGGAAAGAGCAAACAGAUGCCAGCGCCGCAGGGGACAGGAGAAGGCAGCAGGUCAAGAACAGGAAUUCGGCAUAUGGGUACGGGCGGCCCCGUUUCCAUGCGUGGAUGCAGAGGAAUUUGCAAGGACCUAACCGCUUUAGAAGAGGGUUUGGACAACAACAAUACAAUCGGAGACAAUUUAGGAAUGGUGUGCCCGGUCCCAGGAGAAGAGCAGCUGCCGCAUUAAAUGGAGUGAGCCCUUUAAAUCGCCAGCCAUCGGCUCAAGAGGGCAACAAGAACAACGAUGCUUUCUCCAAAAGCAGCAGCAGUGGGCAGCCAGAGGGACGGCGACGGCCACCCCCAGGCCCCAAGAGAUUCAGAGCAGCUGCCGCCAGCACCCACACUCCGGGGAGAAGGCCUUUCCUGCUGAACAGGGCACCAGCCUUCCAGCAGAAGCGGAUGCAGCAGCGGUUCUCCAAAGCGAACUUUCAGAGAGGGAUGGAUGCUAACGGAGAAGGGAAACCACCAAGGAUGAGAAGGUGGCAAGUGAAACCCAGCCCUGGAGCAGUUCUGACGGUUUCUGUGGCUAAUCCCCAGGCAGGCCAGACCAGCGCGCCUGGAUCCAAGCGCCCGUUCCUGCGAAGUCAGAGGCCCCCGCUGCGGGCCACCAAGCCCCAGCCCAGGGGGGUGCUGCUGAGAUUCAACUUCCGUGCAAUGGCCAACCAGACCAGCCUGACACUGGAUGAGAGGUUCUCUGGUCUGAGGAAUAAGAGGCGCUUUACAGCAGCCAGGAACGCCGGCCGGACGGUCACCAUGCCUUAGCACCACAUGCUCUUCACAGGGACUGCCCAUAACAGUCCAGGCCCCAUAACGGGCAGCUCAAUAAAACUCGAUAGAUUUCCUCUGAGAUAUAGCUAAUUUG